UACUGAACACUAGUUAUCAUUCACUAACUGCGGGCGAACACCUGAGGAGAGGAAAAAUAUUCUUUAUCUGCACUUUAUUUACUGUACAUACGUGAUUUCCGUUAUUGUUGUUAAUUUUUCGCCAGUUGUUGAUUAUCACAUGGGAAAAGCUCUUUGCUAGGUAUUACCUGGCAAAAAUGUCUUCAUUAUAUGAAACGCAUCGGACCCUAUAUUAAUACACCAAUUUCAAGCCUAACCAACAAGCUCUCCUCUGAUGGCCUCCUUCUUCAAACAAUUAAGACUUCUUCUCUGGAAAAAUGGCCUGGGUGUCAUCCGGCAGCCAGCCUGGUCGCUGGCUCUUCUUGUCUGGCCACUGGUGAUCUUCAUCAUCCUGGCAGUCACCCGUUCACAGUUUCCUCCCAAACUCAAAGACCCAUGUUAUGUGGCACCCAGAAACCUUCCCAGCACCGGGUUCUUCCCUUUCCUGCAGACUCUGAUGUGUAGCACAGACAGUUCAUGCGCUACCACAUCCUACCUAACAGAAGGACAGUCUAGAUCAUACUUGUACAGAAACCAUCGUCACCGCAGGGAUGCUGAAUCACACAGUCUGCCAACACUGCUCCAUGGUUUGCCUCCUCUGGCUCAUCUACCGAAAGGAGGACUGGUUCAUGCAAUCCUUAAAAGAGACACAAGUCAUCCAGAACUCCAACAGCUAUGGGACAGGAUGCUUAAUUCCAGCCUUCCAAAUGCCACUUCAGUCUUGGCAGCUUUUAAUAACACAGUACUGGUUGAUCAGUCAAUAGAGUCUGUUUGGGAGUCAGUGAACAUCCUGAAAAAAUCCUUAUGCAGUUUCUCCAUGACUGGCAUGAACAUAUCAGCCGGUACCCUGGAUCCCUAUACGCAAGGCUUAAUAAACUUCUGUAGCUCCAACGACACUGUUCUAGAGUCAUCUUUAUUUACUAUGAACCAGGUAUUGACCCAAUGGCUGCUCAGUAACACAACAGAAGUAGUGGAAGUUGUUGGCGGGACUGUGGUGGUUAUGGAUAGACUUCAGCAGGAGUCUUCAGUUUGGGACUUCUUACUUGGUCUACGGGAGGUUUUCCUGAAGCCCACAGAUGAAGAGAUGCUGCAAGCUGGAGCAGGAGAGCUGGAGAAUCUUAAGACUGCCUUGACCUUCCUCCAGGCGAUAUUUCCUCAAGCCAACAUCUCGACUUCUCUACCACAACCUGUCAUCAACAACGGCAUUGACAUUCUCAUGUACUUGGCUGGUUGGAAAGGCAGAGAUGCGUAUGUCAAACUGACUGAUGUAAUGAGCCCAAGCAGCAUUGUUCUUCUCAGCUCAGACAUGAAGGACCUUAUCAGCCAAAUCCAGAUUCCUCUCGACAAGAUUGCUGUGCUGUUCACUGAGGAAGCCCUUCGCACUUUUUUGUGUGACCAAAACAUCACCGCCUCGUAUUGUUUGAGUUGGGAUGUGAGCCAGGUUUUUCAAGGGAUAGAUACGUGGAAGGUUGCCGAACAGGUGAUGGUGGUUUGGAGUCAGAGCUCUGCUUCAGCAGAUCUGAGCUUCUCUAAGCAAGUCUUCAGCAGUCUGCUGGGUCUAAUAUCUCCAUCAAGCUUGGAUUCGGUUCUCAAACACAGCAGAUCCCAGCGCAGCAGUGAUGCUCAGCCACAGAGCCUAGGGGAACAACUAAUCUUUGGAUUGGGCAGCACAGCGUUUGAUUUUCUACAAGGCAUGCCAGGCUGGGAGUACAUUCAGACAUUCAUGAUGGGGGGCUUUUCAUCUAUGCAGGUGGCAAGAGUUGCAAUGGAAGCGCAGCUACCAAUCAUUGAUGUGGUUCUGAAAGAUGCCAAAUAUGUCCAGGAGGUCUUCCUUUUUCUAAUGCGCAAUGAGACAUUUGCUAAUGCUUGGACUGAGUAUGCUAUGGACUCUUUUGUGCAAACUGUGUCCAUGAUUCUACAGGGAAACACGAGCUGCGCAGACCUUCAUGCCCCUUGGGCUUGGAUGUCAAAGUACAGCUCUAUAGACAUUCAGUUGUGGAGCACUCUGCUUUGUCCUGGGAGUGAUACAAAUCUUGAGCAAAUCUUGUUAACACCACUUUUGCCGGUAAUCGAAAAGGGCCAACAGUUGGUUGAUGUUCUGAAUGGAACUGUAAUGUACAACGUGACACCUUCCACACUUAUAGCGGAGUGGCACAGUCUUUACACAACCUACAUUCAGUAUGUCAAUUCCACCCAGAAACUGCAGACUGAGCUUAAUGAGGAGUAUUUCGCCGCUUGGAUACCAGGAAACAUUUCAGCAAGUUUGUCCCAAAUUCUGUCGACCAGAGGUACUGAGGAGUUUGAGAAUAUGGGUUCUCUGCUUGAGGAGAGUUAUCUGUGGCCCUCCAUAGAACCAUAUUUCCAUGUGGCUUAUUGGAUUUUGACAUACCAACCGAAUGCAACUGCUCCAUCAAACUGCACCCUUACUUCAUCUUCCUUGACAUGUCAGACCGGAUUUACCUGGAAAAAAAUUGUUCCACUGAUUCAUUCUUUGAUAUCUGAUGUGUCAAGAGAACCUGACAGCGUGCUAAGACCUCUUCAGGGAGCGGUGGAUUUCCUCCAAAACAGUUAUAUGGCACUUCUGCAGCAAGUCAUUGCCAAUGGCUUACCUGACCAGCAGUUUGGUACUGACCUUUCAUUACAAGACAUGCUGCUGAAUCUCAUUAAUACAGUUGAAAAAGAUAUUCAGUUCCUCACCAACAUUGAGUCUGCACAGCAGUUUGACACUGAGCUCUCACUCACUCUGUUAAAUGACAUCAUGGCGGCUCUUGGACUGGGAAGCGUAGAGAACUUGUUGUCAGGAGGUUCCCAAAAUAUCACCAUACCCCCUUUAAUCAUGAAUGUCCUUGAGCUCUUGCAAAAUAAGUCCAUCCAGAUGCUCAAUGGUGAGCAGGGUUUUGCAGUUCUUCACACAAUUUUGAGCCAACUUGGAGCCAUCUUACCCUUAGAGCAGCAGCAUCAGUUAGAAUCAGGGCUAAAUAAAACAUAUGCCCUCAUUGAAGAUUUGGAGAUCUGUUCCAUUCUUGGUCAGGACUGUGUUGCUAAUGUGCAGAAUGUAUUUGAUUUACUUGGUGCAGUGCUUGAACUCGGAAAUAAUAUCACCAUCCUGGUCACACCUCUUAAAGGUAACAUGACCCUACCUGUUGCAGUUGAUGUACUUGCAUUGUUCUUGCCUUGGAACGUGUCCCAACCAGUAGAAACCUCCAUGGAACUUGUAAGGAAGGUUCAACAUCUACUUGAGCAGACUUAUUCAUCUCUGUUUCUCAACAUCAGUCAAGGUCUACAAGGUUUCAAUCUCACCACUUUUGAAUUAGACCAAGUCGUCUCUGUAAUUCAGAACAUUCAGUCAGCAUCCAUACUGCAGACUUUAAAUAUGUCAAUUCAGAUCCCACAAUGCAUGAACACUCAAACACCAGGGGAUCCUGCCAGUGGAAAGUCUGAAUGUGUCCUUCAGCUUAUUCAGAAUGCUGUUGGUUUACUUGAAAUGUUACCUGUGUCAGAAAACAUUCAAAUGACUCUUAAGGACUGGCUUAAUAUCACUGCAGUAGAGUAUCAGAAGCUAAAUGACAUGCCCAGUUCUGAAUCUGAACCAUAUGCAUUGCCAGAGGAAAUUCUGAUAGCAACACUAUCAGCUAUCAGACAAAACCUUCAAGGUCUCAACAUGGAGAAUGUCACUGAUAUUACAAAUGAGCUCAACGUUCUGGAAGAUCUAAUGACAAAGCUAUUCAGAGAACAGUAUCCAUAUCACACAUUAAACUCAACAUUGAUGGAGCAGGGACAGUAUGCACAGAAAAUGUAUGGAGAGAUCGCAAUGUGGUAUCUAAACAAGCUUGGAAAUUCUACCAAUGGUAGCAUGCUAGCCGAGAUUCUCCAUCAACUGAUACUUAUAACAGAAAUGCAGACAGAACUCCUGAAUACAGAGGCAGAUAUGGUGACGCUUGCGAUGAAUGAGAUCCAGAACUUGACCCAUGUGCAGCUUCCUCUGGAAGGUAAAGAUCUUGUACAAAUUGCCAAUACAAUCAUGGCCAUUCUGAAAGGUGAACUGGCACUGAUUAAAGGGCAGCUCAAGAUUCAACAGGCGUUCUAUAAUUCUCUUGGCUCCCAAGUGAACAUUAGCAUUCCUGCUGAAAUUGAAGCUCAGAUCAUGACAUACGUCCACAUUACAAAGGACACAAUCACUAACCCACAAGUGACGACAGCACUUGGCAAAAUAUUGCAAUGGAAGAUUAGCUCUAUAAAUAUCACAACACCUGGAAUGGAUCUUGAGCAGUUACUUCAAGCCAUGAUUCCCCUGCUCCCUCCAAAUGAGUAUCUUGCUGUUGUUGAACAGAUCUCCCAGAAUGUAAAUCAUGCUCUUAUAGUGGCUAGCAGUGAUGGUGUCCAAAAUGAAAAGUUCAUCGAAUCCAUCGUUAGUGCUGUAGGAAUGCAGCUGGAGAGUAUGGCAAAUGAGACUGGAGCUCUACAUCAGGAUGUUGUGGACAAUAUUCUUGACGCUUUUAAAGGCUUGCUUGAGUUGAUCCUCACCCCCGAUAUGAGCUAUGCUCAAGCAAACAACCUCACACAAGAGACUGUCAAGAAGGUUGAAGGACUGGUUCUUGCUCUUUUGCCAGCAGAGGCUGCUGAGGUGUUGGUUCCCAUCACCAACAGCAUUCUCACCUAUUUAAAAACAGUCUCAGAGCCAGGAGGUCUGAAUAAUUGGAAUGACCUCAUUAUCAAUGUGAUGGAGGAACUUCAAAAUACUUUGCCAUCAAACAACACAGCUCAGCCAACAGUAUCCAUGUUGAUAAAGGCCCUAGAAAUGAUUAUUGGUUCAAAUGGGGGCAACAUGACAAAGGACUGGAUCAUUAACCAGCAGUUGGCAUUUGCACUUGAUAGAAUCUUUCAAGGGAAUGUUAGCUGGGAAGAACUUGCAAGUGCCGGGGUGAAUAUUUAUCAGUUUUUGGAAGCAUUAGUCCCCUUACUCUCCCCUGAGGACCAAGCCUUUCUCGAUAUUGCUGAGCAGGUGUCUCAGAUAGUUGUUGGCACUGAUGGAGGUCUUCAAAGUGAAAACUUCACAGAAGCCAUCAUCAAUAGCAUCAAGUUGGUUCUGGAGAGUUUGUCUAAUGAAACCGGAACUCUAUCUCAGGACGUGGUGGAGAAUAUUCUUGGUGCUUUUAAUGGUUCACUUGAGCUCAUCCUGAACCCCAAUUUGAGUUACUCUCAACUUAACAGCCUCACACAAGAAAUCAUUGGGAUGGUAGAGGAAGUACUUAAUGCCCUUUUGCCAGAAGAGGCAGCUGAUGUAUUGGUUCCAAUCAAAAACAUAUUUUUAACCUACCUGAAUAAUACCUCUCAACCUGCUGGAUUUGAUCACUGGAGUGAAAUCAUCUUAAACGUGAUGACAGAGCUUCAGAAUUCCUUGCCAUCAAACAACACAGCUCAGCCCAUCAUAUCAAUGAUCAUUAAAAUCACAGGAGUUCUUCUGGGCUCAAAUGAUGGCAACAUGACAAAGGACUGGAUAAUUAACCAACAACUGACAAUGGAUCUUUCUGCGAUUUUCCAAGGGAAUGGUAGUUUUGAAGAUCUCGCAACAGCUGGGGUAGAUCUUGACCAGCUUUUGCAAGCCCUGGCCCCCUUACUCACACCUGAGGAUAAUGCCAUCAUUGCUAUUGCUGAACAGGUGGCUCAGAUAAUAAGCUACGCUGGCACUGAUGGAGGUCUCCAAAGUGAAAACUUCACAGAAACCAUCAUCAACACUAUAACCUUGGUUCUGGAGAGUUUGUCUAAUGAAACCGGACCUCUACCUCAGAAUAUGGUGAACAGUAUUCUUGGUGCAUUUAAUGGCUCACUUGAGCUGAUCUUGAAUCCCAAUAUGAGCUAUGCUGAACUUAGCAACCUCACGCUUGACAUUAUUGGCAUGAUAGAGGAAGCAGUUAAUGCCCUUUUGCCAGAAGAGGCAGCUGAUGUAAUGGUUUCAAUCAAAAACAUAAUUUUAACCAUCUUGAAUAACACCUCCCAACCUGCUGGAUUUGAUCAAUGGAGUGAACUCAUCAUAAACGUGAUGACAGAGCUUCAGAAUUCCUUGCCAUCAAACAACACAGCUCAACCCAUGAUAUCUAUGAUCAUCAAAAUCACAGGAGUUCUUCUGGGCUCAAAUGAUGGCAACAUGACAAAGAACUGGAUCAUUAACCAACAACUGACAAUGUCAGUUUUUUCCAUUUUUCAGGGGAACGUUAGUCUUCAAGAUCUCGCAACAGCUGGGGUAAAUCUUGACAAGUUUUUGCAAGCCCUAGCCCCCUUACUCACACCUGAGGACAAUGCCAUCAUUGCUGUUGCUGAACAAGUGGCUCAGAUAGUAAACUACGCUGGCAUUGAUGGUGGUCUCCAAAGUGAAAACUUCACAGAAGCCAUCAUCAACAGUAUCAAGUUGGUUCUGGAGAGUUUGUCUAAUGAAACCGGAACUCUAUCUCAGGACGUGGUGGAGAAUAUUCUUGGUGCUUUUAAUGGUUCACUUGAGCUCAUCCUGAACCCCAAUAUGAGUUACUCUCAACUUAACAGCCUCACACAAGAAAUCAUUGGGAUGGCAGAGGAAGUACUUAAUGCCCUUUUGCCAGAUGAUGCAGCUGAUGUAUUGGUUCCAAUCAAAAACAUAUUUUUAACCUACCUGAAUAAUACCUCUCAACCUGCUGGAUUUGAUCAAUGGAGUGAAAUCAUCAUAAGUGUGAUGACAGAGAUUCAGAACUCCUUGCCAUCAAACAGCACAGCUCAAUCUACUAUAUCCAUGUUUCUAAAGGUCUUCAAUAUUAUUAUAAAUCCAAAUGAAAGCAACUCUUCAAAGGAAUGGAUCAUUAACCAACAAUUGACAAUGGCGCUUUCUGCGAUCUUCCAAGGCAAUGAUAGUUUUUCCGAUCUUGCAACAGCUGGGGUAAACCUUGACCAGCUUUUGCAAGCCCUGGCCCCCUUACUCACACCUGAGGACAAUGCCAUCAUUGCUGUUGCUGAACAGGUGGCUCAGAUAGUAAACUACGCUGGCAUUGAUGGCGGUCUCCAAAGUGAAAACUUCACAGAAGCCAUCAUCAACACAAUAACCUUGGUUUUGGAGAGUUUGUCUAAUGGAACUGGAGCUCUACCUCAGGAUGUGGUGGACAAUAUUCUUGGUGCUUUUAAUAGUUCACUGCAGCUCAUCCUGAACCCCGAUAUGGACUGCAAAGAAGCCAGCAGCCUCAUACAGGAGGCUGUCCAGAUGCUUCAGGGAAUGAUUCCUACCCUUUUGACACAAGAGGUGGCUCAAAUUUGGGUUCCUAUCACAAAUGUCAUACCAACCUGUUUUAAAAACAUCUCCCAACCUGACAAAUGGAAUGAAGUAGUUAUAAAUGUGAUGAAAGAACUUCAGUCUUCUUGGGCAUCAAACAACACAACUCAGCCAUCAGCAAUCAUAUCUGUGUUGCUGAACUUCAUGGAACUGGUUCUGAGCUCAAAUGAAGGCAACAUGACAAAUGAUGGAAUCAUAAACCAGCAACUGACAAUGGCUCUUACUGGAAUAUUUCAGGGAAAUGUUAGCUCUGUAGAUUUUGCAUCAACUGGAAUGGAUCUUAAUCAACUUUUAGAAGUUUUAUCACCCUUGCUCUCCCCUGAGGACAGAGCUUUUCUCAUUGUUGCUGAGCAGGUGUCUCAGAAAUUAAACUACGCUCUACAGUUGGCUAAUGCUGAUGGUGGUCUUCAAAGCGAAAACUUCACAGAAGCCAUGAUCGGUGUUGCUGGGGUGAUUCUUGAAAGCAUUUCUAAUAAAACUGGAGCUCUAUCUCAGGAUGUUGGGGACAAUAUUCUUAGUGCGUUUAAUGGUUCACUUGAAAUGAUCCUGAACCCCAAUAUGGGCUACGCUCAACUUAACAGCCUCACUCAAGAAAUUUUUGUUAUGGUAGAGGAAGCAGUUAAUGGCCUUUUACCGGAAGAGGCAGCUGCAGUGUUGGAUACUAUGAAAAACAUCAUUUUAACCUACCUGCAGACUAUCUCCCAGUCUUCUGGACCUGACAAAUUCAAUGACGUCAUUGUGAAUGUGAUGAGAGAGCUUCAGAUUUCCCUGCCAGCCAACAACACAGCUCAGCCAGUCAUAUCUGUGAUUCUUAAGGUCACAGAGUAUGUUAUAAACUCGAAUGCAGGGUAUACAAACAUCUGGGACAACUUGGGCAACUUCAGUCUUGGCAACCUAAAUGAAAUAACUGAACAGCUUUCAGUUUUAGUGGGUUCUGUGUCACCAUCAAUGAACGAGUCGUCUCAGAUGAUCACUGAAUCUGUUGGCGCUGUGGUUCAGAUCCUCUCUGGAACUGCUGACCAGAUGACUUUUGACAAGUUGGAAGAGCUGCUGGCUGCUUUGUUUUCAACCUUCAAAGGUACACCGAUGUGGGUUUCAUUACCAUCUAUUAUGUCUACAAUUCAAGAAGCCAUUGUCGUCGGUGCAAAUAACAUGCAGGCAGAAACAGAGUUCUUCCAUAGUCUCCAGCAGCCAUUGUCCAGUCUUUUGUCCGAUAUUUUCGAUGUUACGAACACCAGCCAUUUCAAUGCUCCCUCUUUUGUUGGUGAACUGCCACAGGCUCUUGUGUUGACUACAGAAGCUGCUCUACAGGCUAGUUUGAAGGGUCAGAGUCUGAACUGCAGCUACGUGCAGCAAAUAUGGCGGGAUGUUGAAGUCGCCGCUGGAAUAAAUGAGGACACUGUUGCUUUAUGGUGUAACGUCACCCUACUGCCAGUCAUAGCAGCCUUCAAUAUUCCAGAUUUGACUCCAACCUUCAAUAUGACAGGAAUGGAGAUAAGCAUCACUGCAGGAAUGAUAGCAGGGUCACUGGAGACUUUCUAUGGGGCGAUUCUGAACAAUACCAUUGCUAGCAAUCACCUAACAGAAGUCCUGCUGUACUACACAUCAAUGCUAUACAACGUCUCAUUGUCAGAAUUAACAAACCAGGCUGACUGGAAUUCCCAGCUUUUCCAAAUGCAGCUGUACAACAGAUCCAAAGUUUGUGCUCUGGAAAACAUGACGUCUGUGCAGCAGAUCAGUCAGUUUCUGCCUCUGGGCCCCAGAUUGCUUUGCGACACCGUUGUUCCAGCAGUCCAGGCAGUCUAUGUGCUCACAACCAGCUUGGGGAACCACAGCGUCAACAUCUAUGAUCUGAUUUUCCAGACGUUUAUUGGAGACCCAAGCACUUACAACACUGGAGUGGACUGGACAUCAAUUCUCUCUCAAAUUGUGGGCUUCAACGUCUCCUCUCUGAAAACCAUAAGUAUCAACAUUACAUCUCCAGCUGAAGUGAAAGUUUCAGAGCUGCUGAAAAACACAACACUGUUUGUUGAGGAUGUGGAGCGCUACACCAGCUUUCCCCCUGGCGUUCUGCAGACUGUGCUAGAUUCCCCUUUACCCAGCAGCAACAUGCAGAUCUUGGUGUGGUUGGCAAACCUGCAGCAGUGUUCAGAUCCCUCGUCUCUGCAACUGGACGCUGCAGGGCAGGCGAUGUUCAGUGCCUUCUGUGAUCUGUCAGAUGAUUGGUACAGCAUCAGCAUUCUCUUCCUUCGCCACAUGGACACCAAGGCUAUUUUAUUCAGGCUGAUGUUUGUCCCAAGAUAUCAGGAUUUGGUGGCAACUAUGCUAGAGAUGGUCAAGUUUUUGACAAACAUGAUGAACAAACUGGUACCUGCCAUUAAUAAGCUACAGGAAUACCUGACAAACAUAGGACAGCUAAACCUGGUGGCCAACCAAGAGUUCCAUGGUCUGGUGAGAGGAAAGCGGUCCACCAUAUCUAGCAAGGCCACCUUUAACACCCUCUCUCGCGCUUUGUGCAAAAACGGCAUCCUGACACUGUUUGCCAUCACCAAAGUCCCAAUCGUGACCGCAGCCGAUCCCUCUGUCCAGUCAGACCACAAGAGAGAAGAGCUCAUAGAGAAGUUCAAGAUCCCACACGAUGCCAGUCCUUUCUGUAUGAGCCUGUUCUUGGACAUGGUGAACACUACAGGCGGUGCGGUGGCCUGGGCUUUCCUUAAACCAAUGCUGUUAGGACAGAUCCUGUACUCGCCGGAUACACCAAUGACCAGAGAGAUCAUGAGAAAGUCAAAUUCCUCACUGCACCAGUUUGGUGACCUAAAGCUGUAUGCGUCCGAGUGGAUCGAGUCAUCGUCCUAUGUGCUGCAGUCAGCCAACAUUUACACAAACCUGCCGAUACUUAAGAAUUCCCUGAGCAGUCCCUUUGUCCAAAACUUCAUUCGGACUCAGACUGGAAUUGAUGUUUCACAAAUGAGCGCAACUCUCAACCAAUUCUCGAACAUGACAGUCCUGUUAGAGAAAAACAAGUUUAUCAUGGACCAGAUCACCACCCUCUCUGUGCUCAUGAUGAACCUCUCUUCCUGCGUCAACUUCGACCGAUACCGAGGCUUCAACUCCACUGAUGAACUCGACAAGCAAGCCGAAAAACUGGCUCAAAACCGUGAGCUGUAUGCCAGCAUUAUUUUCAAACUUCCCAAGGGGAACUCCAGCAGCCUGCCACCAAACAUCGACUACACCAUCCGCAUGAACAUAGAGAACGUCAUGCGCACAGACCGUGCACGAAAUCCCUUCUGGGUGAAAGAUGCCUACAUAUCGGCAACCAGAACCCAGCGGUACAGCCGAGGCUUUGUGUACCUGCAGGAAAGCAUCGAAAGGGCCAUCAUCGAAAUGCAGACCGGUAAUGCCAUGGAUGGGCCCGCAGUCCAGAUGCAGGCGUUCCCUUAUCCCUGCUACUAUAAGGAUGAAUAUCUCAACAGCAUCGCGUUUGCCUUCCCAAUGGCGCUCAUGAUUUCCUGGGUGCUGUUUAUCGCCCACUUUGUCAAGAAACUGGUGCACGAGAGAGAGCUGCGUCUUCACGAGUACAUGAAAAUGAUGGGGGUCAAUCCCAUCAGCCACUUCUUUGCCUGGUUAAUCGAGAGUGGUGCGUUCCUGCUAGUGACCAUCAUCAUCCUCACCAUCAUUCUGAAGGCUGGCGGGAUCCUUCCUCGCAGCGAUGGCUUUGUGCUCUUCCUCUACCUCUGCGACUACGGCUUCAGUGUUCUUGCGGUCAGUUUUCUGGUCAGCUCCUUCUUCGAUAAGACCAACAUCGCGGGGCUGAGCGGCAGCCUUAUCUACGUCAUCACUUUCUUCCCCUUCAUCGUGCUGAUCCACUUGGAGGAUAACCUCUCCUUCUCUGUGAAGAGCGCUCUGAGUCUCUUUUCUCCGACAUGCUUCAGUUAUGCCAGCCAGUACAUCUCCCGCUAUGAAAAGCAGGAAGAAGGCAUCCAGUGGAGCAACAUGUACAUCUCUCCUCUGGCUGGCGACACCUCCUCCUUCGGCUGGCUCUGCUGGCUGCUCUUAAUUGACUCGCUUGUAUAUUUCAUCAUUGGGAUUUACAUCCGCAUGGUCUUCCCAGGAAAGUAUGGUAUUGCUGUACCGUGGUAUUUCCCAGUGACUAAAUCCUUCUGGACGGAUAUGUUUAGCUGUUGUAGCAAGACACCAAAGAAAAUAGGCAGAGGGCUGCUGUUUACCAACAUGAUGCAGGACCAAAACAGCAUGAACAAGAGCAAAGGAAAAGGUAGCUUGGCGGCUACAGGAGAAGAAGACUUUUCAGAAUUGCCUGUUGGAGUCUCACUUUAUGGCCUGACGAAGACCUACGGCAAGAGGAAUGCUGUAGACAACCUGAAUUUGUCUUUCUAUGAGGGACACGUCACCUCCCUGCUGGGUCACAAUGGAGCUGGAAAAACCACCACUAUGUCACUUCUGACAGGAUUGUUUGCACCCACCGUCGGCACCAUUGAGGUCUACGGUAUGGAUAUGCAGAUGUUUAUUGAUGAUGUGCGCAAGGAGAUGGGCGUCUGUAUGCAGUAUGACGUCCUGUUCGACCAUAUGACCACUAAAGAGCAUCUGUUACUGUACGCUCAGAUCAAAGCUCCUCAUUGGACCAAACAAGAAGUGAAGGAACAAGUGCACAAAAUCCUAAUGGAAACAGACAUGCAUGCCCACCGGCACAAGCGCGUUGGCACUCUAUCAGGAGGCAUGAAGAGAAAGUUAUCCAUCUCCAUUGCCUUCAUUGGAGGCUCGCGGCUGGUGGUGCUGGACGAGCCGACCACCGGCGUAGAUCCGUGUUCCCGACGCAGCAUCUGGGACAUUAUCAUACAGCACAAACAAGAGCGUACCAUCAUUCUUUCCACACAUCACCUGGACGAGGCUGAAGUUCUCAGUGACCGCAUUGCUUUCCUGGAGCGCGGAGGCCUCAAGUGCUGCGGUUCACCCUUCUAUCUCAAAGACAAGCUGGCUAAAGGAUACAACCUCACUCUCACUAAGAAGGUCCAGACUGCUGACUCAAAGAAGUUUGACCAUGAAAAGCUUAGAGAUUUCAUUCAUUCGCACUUGCCUGACGCACGGCAGAAGGAUGGAGAGGUGGGAGAUCUGGUCUAUGCCUUGCCACCGUACACCCCUCAAAACGCCUCCGAGUACCACUCUCUGCUUAACAGCCUGGAUCAGAAUCUGGACAUGCUUCACCUCGGCUGCUACGGCAUCUCUGACACCACCCUGGAAGAGGUGUUCCUGCAGUUGACUCGAGAUGACCUGGAGCCCAAAGAAAGUGAAACCUGGUCUGUAUCCGAGUCGGUUAUAGAGAAUGACAUGUUCGCCUCAAGAGACAGCCUUUCUGAAGACUUCAACAGCAUGUACCUUGGAGAGAAAGCCAGCCUCACAGGGAACUCAACUGUGCGUGGAUUUGCUUUGGGUGUUCAGCGUGUGAUGGCCAUGUUGCUGAAGCGCGUGCAUCACUCCAGGAGGGACUGGAAGGGGCUUUUCUCCCAGGUGCUGUUGCCUGUACUCUUUGUAAUUGCUGCCAUGGGCUUGGGCUCCAUCAAGAGUGAUCUUCAGCAUUUUCCUGAGAUUGUGCUCUCUCCUGCGCUCUACCACGUUGAUGAACAGUACGCCUUCUUCAGCAAUCAGAAUCCCAACACCAGCCGUUUGGUAGACACUAUGAUGUCCUAUCCAGGCAUUGACCACGUGUGCAUGACAGACCCCACAGAUUCUGUUUGUAAAGGAAGACCUUCGACAGGAAGUCAGACGUGGGUCUCCAGAGGCAACAGCUCUGCUACAUUUACCACCUGCAAGUGUAGUAACCAAGUGCAGUCAUGUCCGGCACAGGGUUACGAUCCACCUCGCAAAAGAUGUGCGUCAUCCCAGAUCGUCUAUAACCUUACGGGCGUCAACAUUGAAAACUACCUGCUGGCUACUGCCAAUAACUUCAUCAGAGACAGAUAUGGAGGCUGGGAGUUUGGGAAGCCUCUUCCCAUUGAUCUUAAGAUGGACAUGUUAGACGUGCCAGCAAACAGAACCCUUAGUAAGGUUUGGUAUAAUUCAGAAGGUCACCACUCUAUGCCUGCCUACCUCAACAGCCUUAACAACUUCUUCCUGAGAUCCAGUUUGCCACCUGAGAAACGAUAUCAAUAUGCUAUCUCCAUAUCCAGCCAUCCUUACCCUGGCCAAGUGCAAGACGAGGAUCUCAUGGUGGGUGGUCUGGUCAGCAUCCUGGUUGCGCUCUGUGUCCUCACUGGCUACUCCAUCAUGACUGCUAGCUUCGUCAUCUAUGAGGUUCAGGAACAUCACACUGGUUCCAAGAGACUCCAACAAAUCUCUGGCAUCAGCGAACCUUUUUACUGGAUCAUCAACUUCUUCUAUGAUAUGGCUCUAUACAUGAUUCCAGUGGUGCUGUCGGUGGUGAUGGUCGCAGUGUUUCAGCUUCCAGCCUUCACGGAGAGACAGAACCUUGCCGCGGUCACACUCCUACUGGUGCUAUUUGGGUUUUCCACCUUCCCUUGGAUGUACCUUCUGUCUGCGAUGUUCAAAGAUACAGAGAUGGCUUUCAUUGGUUAUGUUUGCAUCAAUCUCUUCAUCAGUGUCAACACCAUCAUCUCCACAUCCAUCAUAUACUUCCUCGGUCAACUCAACCAGAAUGACCAGAGCAUCCAGAAUAUCUACCAAACCAUGAGCAACAUAUUCCUAGUCUUCCCUCAGUUCAGCUUUGGCAAUGGGUUGAUGGAGCUGGCACGGGUUGAUAUGCAGGUGCAGGUCUUGAGCGGUUUUGGAGUGGAUGCCUACAAGAACCCCUUCAGCAUGGAUGUUCUGGGCUGGAUGUUCAUUUCCAUGUUCCUGCAGGGCUUCAUCUGCUUCACGCUCCGCCUGCUGCUUAACAAGACACUCCUUCGCAAAGUCAGGCGGUUAUUCUUCUGGAAGAGGAAUGCUGUUCAGAGCUAUAGUCCCAAUGAAGAUGAAGAUGUGCUGGAUGAACGUCUGCGUGUGGGCCGUGGAGAUGCAAGCGCCGAUAUUCUGCAGGUUAAUCACCUGACUAAGGUGUACCAAAACUUCAGCAAGAGGGUACAGGCGGUGAAGAGUCUGUCUGUGGGCAUCCCAGCUGGCGAGUGCUUUGGAUUGCUGGGAGUCAAUGGUGCAGGAAAGACCACUACCUUUAAGAUGCUGACGGGAGACAUCAGCCCUUCUGGUGGCUCGGCCAAGAUCCGUGACAUUGACGGGAGGAUGGUUGACAUCAUAGACUGCAGGAGAGAGGGCAUAAACAUUGGUUACUGCCCUCAGGUGGACGCGCUGGAUGACCUUCUGACUGGGGAAGAACAUCUCUAUUUUUACGCCCGCAUCAGGGGCAUCUGCAAGAGGGACAUUGGCCAGGUUGUGAACUAUCUGUUGAAAAAAUUGCAGCUGAAUUACCACAGAAACAACACAAGCGAGAGCUACAGUUGUGGAACCCGCCGGAAACUCUCGACAGCCUUAGCCCUCAUAGGAAACCCUCAGAUCCUUCUUCUGGAUGAGCCCAGCUCUGGAAUGGACCCACGAUCCAAACGCCACCUCUGGAAGAUCAUCUCUGAGCAAGUGAUGGGCAAAUGUGCCGUGGUGCUGACGUCACACAGUAUGGAGGAGUGUGAGGCUCUUUGCACUCGUCUGGCCAUAAUGGUGAAAGGACAGUUCAGAUGUCUGGGUUCCUUACAGCACAUCAAGAACAGGUUCGGCAGCGGGUUCACGGUGAAGAUGUAUUUAACCGGAGCCUCCUAUGAUGUAGAUAUGAUCAGUAACUUCAUGCAGCAGAAUUUCCCCGGCACGUGCCUGAAGGAUAAUCAUUCCAAUAUGGUGGAGUAUCAUGUGCCUGUUGCUCCUGGUGGUGUGGCUUCAAUCUUCAGCCUGUUAGAGUCCAACAAGACAGUUCUGCAAAUCAAACACUUCUCAGUCAGCCAGACCACUCUGGAUGAGGUGUUCAUUAACUUUGCGACGGCAAAAGUGGACACAGAUGGACUUGAGGCCACUGAAGGAUCCGACAUCGACAGCCUAGACUCCUUCAACACUUAAGACUGAUGCCUGAUACUUGCACAUUACGACAAUUAGCGAAGAAAAAAAAAUCUGUUAUAGCUUAUAUCUUAAUUUAAUGUUGUGAUUUUGAUGAAAGAUAUAUAUUAUAUUGAACAAUGAAGUCGCCAAAUACCUUAUGGAUUUUAAUUGAAGAUUAUUAUUAUUAUUAUAAUGAGAAAUUAUGUGUCUUUCUGCUUUUACAAACAUGGCUUCAAAUACUGAUUAGCAUUAAAGGGACCUUUUUAUGGAAGUGGUGGGGUUAAGUAUGCAGAAAGUCUACUCUAGUUUACAUAGUUUACAUACAAAUCCAUUAGCCGAUCAUUUGUCCUCAAACAAAUCCACUGCUGCUUCUUCUCUAACAAAAUGAAGGCAUUUAUUUAGUAAAUUAUUUGACGUUUUAUUAGCUCUACUACUAGAUAUAUAGGUAUUGUAAUGGAAAGCUGAAUAAUUGACACGAACAACCAACAAUGUGUUACUGGUUGCAGAAUGAAAUAUGUAUGCGAGGAGUCCGUCCUCUUAAACUGCCGGCCUGCAUCCAUGUCUGGGGUUGAUCUAAAUCACAAAGACCUUUUUUGGCUCGGAGAUAUAAAUGAUUCUUCAAUGUCUGCACAUCUUCGCUCUCAUUAAUAUUUCCUCUGAAGGCACAUCUCUUGUGCAAGAAUGUACUGAAUAUUUCAUCGGCCCUUUCUCUGUCUGCUUCAAGGCACGGUUCCUCUUUUAAAAAAUGCACCAAGCUUAUUUUUACAUUAAAGCUAUUUUUCACAUGCA